CUUUCCGCCCCAAGAUCGCAAGACUCCGGACAGAGACGACUAUACUUUGCUGUUGUUUGACUGCUUGGUCUCCGCGCAAACACCACUACUCCAGGAAAUUACAUCAUCCCCACCGGUUGUGUGCGUGCCUUUGUUUUACACCUCGCCAUUCCCACAGAGUGCCCCACCAACUCCUCCCAGCAGACACCCCGCCAGAGAUCGGACAAGAUGCUAAAGAUUUGGUCUAUGAAGAAGGAGCAGCAGAAGGCUGAAAAUGCCGACGCUGCGGGCGGCAAGAAGAAGAAGGUGACUGCCGCGCAACUUCGUGUGCAGAAAGAUCUCUCGGAACUCUCUCUCGGAUCAACGAUGAAGACCGACUUUCCUGACGCCGACGACAUUCUUCACUUCACGCUUACGAUCGAGCCCGAUGAGGGCAUGUACCGGACCGGCCGAUUCACCUUCACAUUCGACAUCAACCAAAACUUCCCCCACGAGCCGCCGAAAGUCCGAUGCAAGGAAAAGAUCUACCACCCUAAUAUUGACCUGGAGGGCAAGGUGUGCCUGAACAUUCUCCGCGAAGACUGGAAGCCCGUCCUUAACUUGAAUGCGGUCAUUGUCGGACUCCAGUUCUUGUUCCUCGAGCCGAACGCCUCUGAUCCUCUGAAUAAGGAGGCCGCCGAAGAUCUUAGACUCAACCGUGAGGGAUUCAAGCGCAACGUCCGGACCGCGAUGGGCGGUGGCACUGUCAAAGGACAGACUUACGACCGUGUGUUGAAAUAGGAUCUACAACAGCAAGGGGAUCGCUUCCUUCUCGCUGCUGAAUUUUCUCCAACGACAUAACUCUUUGGCGAGACAAGAGGCCAGCCCGGAUUUGAUACCAGAGACGGACGGGCAGGCCGAUGGUUCGCAGAAGGGUGGAGUGCGCAUUUGAGGGGUCGGUGGGCAUCAAAAGCAAGCAUCGUCGUCAGGCGUUUGGGGAG